AUAAGCGAAAUGUUACGUCCGAUCCAAACAUUCCGCUUUCCUAUUAGAAUACAACGAAUGGUGACUACAUGGUCUCCAUUGACCACUGCCUUCAACACUCGUCCGGAAAAGCGCAUAAAUUUCACCAAGAAUGAAGUGGGACUGUUCGGUAUACCGGAACUCACAUCGCAUGAAGGUUUUUAUGUACUCAAGGAAAAGGCCAUAUUCAAAACCGAUGAUCUUAUCGAGGAAGCAACUUCACCAAAGCGCAGACGAAAAAUGGUUAUGAUCUUUGAUGAGCUUUCUGAUACGCUAUGCAAAGUGGCGGAUCUGUCAGAGUUCAUUCGUUUGGCUCACCCUGCAACUAAUUAUUGUUCCGCAGCUGAGGACGCUUGCAUUACUAUUAGUGGCAUUGUGGAGAAAUUGAAUACCCAUAAAAAGUUAUUUAAUUCGUUGAAAAGCGUCGUAGACAACGGAGACAAAUUAGAGACUACCGACGUCGACAAGCACGUGGCCAGAUUAUUUCUUUUUGAUUUCGAACAGAGUGGUAUUCAUCUGGAGGAGGAAGCGCGGCAGCGAGUGGUGUUUUUAAAUGAUUGCAUCCUUCAACUUGGCCAACGGUUCAUGGCCGGUGCGGUAAAUCCUAGGCAAAUUUCAAGAAGUAUUCUUCCGGCAGCUGUUUUACCUUUCUUUCCAUCAGAUGGUGAAAAUAUUCUCGUAUCCGGAUUGUAUGCCGAUUCUGCCAAUAGUAAGGCUCGUGAGUCAGCAUAUCGCUUAUUCCUUUAUCCAGACACGGAUCAGGAGCGUCUGUUAUCAGAACUGCUAAAAUGCCGACACGAACUUGCUACAGUCUGCGGAUUUCCAACAUACGCCCACCGAGCACUGAAAGCAAGCACUGUGGAAACACCAGAGAUGGUAGAUUUGUUUUUAGAUGCUCUUAGCGAACAGCUGAGUCCUCGUGCAGCUAAAGAUUUUUUCAUUAUGCAGAAAAUGAAAACUGCAGAAUGUGGUCAUUAUGUUCCGCUGGCUUCUUGGGACACCCCGUAUUACACGUCUUGCUUGAAGCGCAAAUAUCUACAGGCAACUACGUCCGAAUUUUCACCCUACUUCAGUAUAGGAGCAUGCAUGGAAGGUUUAAAUCUUCUUAUGCACGGACUGUUCGGUAUCAAUCUGAAAAAUGUGGAAAUGGAGCCGGGUGAAUCUUGGUGUCAUGAUAUAUAUAAGCUGGCCGUCUUACAUGAGACGGAGGGUUUGCUUGGCUAUAUUUAUUGUGAUCUUUUUGAGCGGCAAGGAAAACCGAACCAAGAUUGCCAUUUCACGAUUCAGGGAGGCAAAGUUUUGCCAGAUGGAAGUUUUCAAAACCCAAUCGUUGUCGUCAUGCUGAAUCUUACGCAACCUCGUUGGUCAGGACCAACACUGCUAACUCCUUCUAUGGUGGACAAUCUCUUUCAUGAGAUGGGACACGCAAUGCACUCAAUGCUCGCAAGAACGGAAUAUCAACAUGUGACCGGCACACGCUGUAGCACAGAUUUUGCAGAGGUUCCUUCAGUGUUGAUGGAAUAUUUUGCAAAUGACCCACGAGUGAUAAGAUCCUUUGCUAAACAUUUUCAAACCCAAGAACCAAUGCCUGAAGAAAUGUUACAACGACUAUGCACAUCGAAACAUUUAUUUGCGUCUAGCGAAACACAACUACAAGUGUUUUAUUCCGCACUGGAUCAGGUUUACCACGGAGACCAUGGUUUGCAUGGAGAGAAUACAACUGCCACGCUUAGAAGAGUGCAAGAAAAAUAUUAUGGUCUUCCUUACGUGGAAAAUACUGCAUGGCAGCUCCGUUUUUCUCAUCUGGUCGGUUACGGUGCAAAGUAUUACUCAUACCUCAUUUCAAGAACAAUUGCUUCAUGGAUAUGGCAAACAUAUUUCGAACGGGAUCCAUUUAGUCGAACACAAGGUGAAAAAUAUCGACGUGGAUGUCUAGCAUACGGUGGUGGUAUUCCAAGUCGUCUAUUAGUUUCAAACUUCUUGGGUCGAGAGAUUAAUCCCACAAAUUUAACUUCAAGCCUAAUUAACGAGAUUGAUGCUUGUAACGAUCGUUUAAAACAUAUGGACGAUCUUUUCUGCUAGUUCAAUUGUUAUCAACAGCGAACAUUCAACUGCAUUUGUGUUGAAAAUAAAUAAAAACCGCACAGGGAAAGCAAUGUUUUAGGAAAUUAAUGAAUCCUGUGAGCGGUUUACGUUAUUUGUUUUUGCGUUUUGCUCGUAGAAGAAUCGUUAGUCCUUCGUUCAGAGAUACAAAACGGAGAAGAUUUUAUAACGGCACCAUUCGAAAAUAAUAUCACAGUCAAGGAGAAGAAGGUAGAGCCGGUUACACCGAAGGUUGUGAAUCGAUUCCCUUCUCAGCCAACCCCAACGGGUAGUAAUAAUUUGUACGCAAUGAAGUGUGAAGACAGAUUACAUUAUUACGGAAGCAAUCAUCCAACAAUAUCAUUAAUAUUGUUGAACACACUGUGUCGAGGUUACUUUAAACUAGUACUAAUUAUACAAAUGAUAACACCAAUUCUCAGCAUUCUUACAUACAUACACACUCUUCGGAGAUUUAUUACAAAAUGUACAUACAGCUGUUUCAAAUCAACGAGGGUAUCGAUUGUAAAGUAUUCUGAUUAAAAAAUGUA